ACGUCACAUCCCGGCGGGGGUUUCGGAGUGAAGUAAACAAAAACCUGCGACCGAUUCAGCGGCGUUAAUUCAGUGUUGUUGUUGUUUUCUGGUAAAAAAAUAAACAUGUUUCGUAUGUGACAGCCGCUGAAAGCUUUUGUAAAGUUAAUGCCAAAUGUUUUAAUUGGAAAUCAUAGUAAAUAACUUACGUAACUUUACGUUAACUGGGCUCAUUAAUCCUUUAACGUUACUGCCGCUGGCUUUAUUCAUUGUACUUUUAUUAUACCGGCAACGUUAACCUCAAUCAAACAAGGCUCCUCCACUGUCACUGUGAUGGACUCAUCUGACAACGUGGGGAACCUCAACCACAUGGUGGAGGCUGUGGUACUGAAUGAUGGUCCUGCUCCUGACGGCUCCACCGGACAGAAGGACACCUCGCCUACAGACAUGCUGAGAAUAAAACAGCAGAUGUCCAACCAGUGCUUUGAGAUGGCAGUACAGCUCCAUGCAGGAAAAAGUAAGAGAUCCUGCAGUACAUCUGAAGCUGAAAGAGACUUGCCAGAUUACGUCGAUGAGCUGGAAAGAGUGAAGACAAUUCAUUUUAACAGCACAUUUACACUGCACAGAAUGCAGAUGUGGCACGCUAUCAGAGAAAAACUGAAACAGAAUGAUUCAGAAGCAGAUGCCCUGAAAGCUGUGAGUGAUCGCUGCAUGGCUCUUUGUUCACACAUAAAACAGCUUCAGCAAGAGUCAAGAGAUCUUCAAGAUGAAAUCACGGAAAUACAGAAGAAGAGGCUUGAGAUGAAACGGCUCACCCAUGAGAAAAUGAAAGAGAUGGAAGAGAUGAUGUCGAGGAAAGAGCACCCAGAUACAGAGAAGUACAAAGCUGCGUUGGAGAAAGGUCAGGCCAACCUGGAGAAAUAUAAAAAGAUGGCCAUCAUGACACAGAAUGUCCUCAGGGGCAUCCUCUUGGCCUGUAAAGUCAACUGGCUGGAUGAUCCCAAACUUCGAGACAUCGCCAUGACACUGGAGGAAUUUCCCAUCUCUGAUUAGAGAAAUAAUCCAUUUAUGUUAUUUUUGUAUGUUUCUGUAUUGUAUUGUCUAAUAAAUAAUCGAUAAAACUG